UUUUCCCAUUUCGCAAGGCGAGCAAAAGCACAUCGGUUUCUGAGCCAUUUCCUUCGCUGAUUUCUCUGCUCAUUGCUGCAGUAUUGUGAAUACGGAGUACCCUUUAAUUUUUUUGUUUUCCUGUGUUCAGUGUCGGUUUCUUUUUGGGGGUUUUCAUUUCAGGGGUCUUCUUUAAUGGAAAUUUCUGACAUGGGUAUUGGAUUUUGAUCCUCAAGGUUGGGAACUGAACUGGGUUUGUGGAUUUUGUGAGAGUUUUUGAAGGGUUUAUGGAGAAGAGUCAUCUUGAUGUGGCUGGGAAAGUGGUGGUGGUCGCCAUUAAAGCCACCUCCAAGGAAGUUUCUAAGACUGCUCUGGUUUGGGCUUUGACUCAUGUUGCUCAGCCUGGAGAUCAUAUUAAGCUCCUUGUGGUUAUUCCCUCUCAUCACUCAAUCUUGAUGGAAAAUCUGACCGUUAUAGGUAAAUGGUUGCGGGGGUUUUCCCGAUUUACGAGCGACUGUGCGAUUGGUCAUCUUAGAACACCAUCAGAGACCCUUUCAGAUCAGAAGGAUGACAUUGUGCAUUCAUGUUCUCAAAUGGUUCAUCAGCUUCAUGGUGCUUAUGAACCACUGAAGAUAAAAGUCAGGAUCAAAGCUCUUUCGGGUUUGGCUCGGGGUAUCGUGGCUACUGAAGCUAAGAAAGUUCAAUCAAACUGGGUGAUAUUGGACAAGCAUUUGAAAGAUGAAAGGAAGAACUGUUUGGAAGAGCUGCAGUGUAAUGUUGUUCUAAUGAAGAAAUCUCAGCCUAAGGUUCUUCGUUUGAAUUUGAUGGAAUCCCCUAAAAUCAAUACUACUAGAGAAGCUUGGAUAUCAUCACAUGAAUUAGAUGUCUCUCAGAAGUGUCUGAAAAGCUAUUUCGAUGAAUCGGCUGCAUUUAGGGGGCCUGAUAUGACUCCUGUGAGUACUCCUGAUGUCGAGUCACCUCUUACGGUAACUGAUGUUGGGACAUCGUCGAUAUCGAGCUCGGAUGUGGGCAGUUCAUCUUUGUUCUCUGGGUUUUGUGGCAGCUUGAGAAAUGAAUCCAGAACAGCAGCUGAAGGUGGGAGAAAUUUAUCUGGAUCUGAAUGUGAUUCUGAAAACGAAAAGCAAACUCCAUCCGUUUCGUAUUUCCAGCGUUGUAUGGUUGAUAUUGUAAGUUCGAGGCGUAAAAUCCAGCAACACGUAAUGGAAGAAUCACAAAAUGUUCAUCAUAGACCUCCAGCUUCAACACGUCAAGGUCUAGUCAAGAAAAUGUCAACUCUUUCUCAAGAUCCUAACACCGAUGCGGUGAGUCGAAGUACUAAUGUUAGCUCAAGCAGAAACAUAAGGAACACGGUUUCGUUAUCCAGAAAAGCACCUCUAGGCCCUCCUCCACUGUGUUCAAUGUGUCAACACAAGGCCCCUGCAUUUGGGAAUCCUCCUAGAUGGUUCACUUAUGGAGAGCUUGAAGUUGCUACGAGCGGAUUUGCACAAACGAAUUUUUUGGCUGAGGGUGGAUAUGGGUCUGUGCACCGAGGCAUCUUACCCGAUGGACAAGUCGUUGCUGUCAAGCAAUAUAAACUGGCUAGUACCCAGGGGGAUCAAGAAUUUUGUUCAGAAGUCGAGGUCUUAAGCUGUGCUCAACAUCGGAACGUCGUGAUGCUCAUUGGAUUUUGCGUGGAGGGUGGAAGAAGGUUGCUUGUUUAUGAAUAUAUUUGCAAUGGAUCUCUUGAUUCCCAUCUUUAUGGACGAAAUCGGGAUCCGUUGAAAUGGUCUGCACGACAAAAGAUCGCAGUCGGAGCUGCUCGAGGUUUGAGGUACCUUCACGAAGAAUGUCGGGUGGGGUGUAUUGUGCACCGUGAUAUCCGCCCAAACAAUAUCCUCCUUACUCAUGAUUUCGAACCACUAGUCGGAGAUUUUGGGCUGGCAAGGUGGCAGCCUGAUGGGGACCUAGCAGUGGAAACCAGAAUCCUGGGGAGAUUUGGCUACCUUGCUCCAGAGUAUGCACAGAGUGGCCAAAUCACGGAGAAAGCCGAUACAUACUCCUUCGGUGUAGUCUUGCUGGAACUCGUGACUGGACGUAAAGCGAUCGAUUUAAACCGUCCCAAGGGCCAGCAGUGCCUCACAGAAUGGGCACGAAAGCUAUUGCGAAAAAACGCAAUCUCUGAACUAGUCGAUCCAUGCUUAAUGAACUGUUAUUCGGACGAGGAAGUUCACCGCAUGCUGCGAUGCGCUUCCUUGUGCAUCAAACACGACCCGUACAUAAGACCGCGUAUGUCUCAGGUGCUUCGGGUUUUGGAGGGCGACAUCGUUCUAUAAUCCAGCAGCCAUGCAAAGGAAGCCUGCAGGAAAAUUUUGCAGAGUUGUUGAAGUAUAUGCUCUGAAAUCAACGCUCAUAUAGCUAAGGGGAUGUUGGAGUGAGGUCUAUAGCUUUAAGCAACAAUGUGUAAUGUAAAUAUGGGGAUCAAAUUUUUGUACCAUAAAAAGUGUCUAGAUUUGGCUUGGAUUAGUUCCAAAUAAAGGAUACUUGUAUGAUAUUCUAAUUAUAAUUAGGCUGAAUAUAUGUUAAUUAUUACUAUU